AAACAACGUUAGCAUUCUGUGGUUAGACGUAUGUGAGAGACUUAUCUUGUUUAAUAACUCCAAACAGCAGCUAUAAUAUCAUUGGUAAUUUUUUCUUCAUACUUUCUGAUGUUAUGAGCAUACAUUAAAACAUGACGGAUAUCGACACCCCCUAUUUUUCUUCUAAAGAUGAAGAAAUCAGUUACUGGAAAAGCUUGGCGGAGGAGUACAAAAUCGAUGCGGAACGUUCGAGACGAGAGUACGAGGAGUUUUUAAGCGAGUCUAAGCAGCUCGAACAGGAAUACGAGGCGAUGAUCGAUCAGAACGAAAAGAAAAUUAAAGAAAUUAGUUUGCAGUACAAUCGAUCCCAAUCGGAAAUCGACGCCCUUAGGAUAAAGCUUGACAUCAGUUACAAGGAGAGUGGUAACUAUCAAACGGAAUUGUCAGCAAUAAAGUCCGAUAAACAGCAGAUGCAGUUGCGCAUCAGGGAUUUGGAACAGAAAAAUGACGAUUUGGAAAGGGCGAGGCGGAUAGUGGAGGAGAGUGUUGCGGGAUUCGAACAGGCGUUGAAUUUUGCCCUUGAAAAAAACGCCAUUUUGGAAAGUGAAAUUGACGAGAAGGAAACACUCAAAGAGAAGUUACAGAGGCUUGCCGAUGAAACAAGAGACCUGAAGCAGGAGUUGCUGGUGAGGGAAAAGGAAAAAGUGCCGGAUAACGAGCGGAUCUUGAACGGUAGCUUCAAAUGUCCCCCGACGGCGGUCGAUUCUAAUAGAUUGAAGGAAAACGAAACUCAGACGUCGCCGGUUAAACGUGAAUACCAGGCGCCAUUGUCGCCAGCGUCGCGGGUAAUGGCGCUGAACAUUGUCAGCGAUUUGAUCAGAAAAGUGGGGGGACUAGAAAGACGAUUAGAUUACAGAGAACUUCCAAAUACCGAGCUAAGCAGAAGAUCGCGGAUUACGUCGAGAAAUAGUCCGGCUCCGAACGCGAACGGCAUAACCAAAUGAAAACCAGGCAGAAAACCGGGCCGGAAAAGUAGCAAGGAAUCGCGAGUAAUUCUGACCGUUUAGUUGAAAUUUCGCCGCAGUAUUAUAAGGAAAAUUAGGGGGGUGGGGAGAGCAGAUCACUAUAUGGUGCUACUGGUCACUUGGAAACGUGUAGAAACUAGUGCGUAUUACAACUUGCUCGGACUCCCGCGUUCCUGGUUGUUCGCCCUAAAGAUUAUCACAACCGAUAGACAAUUUUAGUUAAACGAAAUUUGGAAAAUCGCUCGAUAGGAAAAAACGGGACCGCGUGUCGAUUUCUACGAUUCAUCUAAGUUAAUUUUCAAAUUUGACGUUGGCACGAAAAAAAAAUUCGUAUGUUAUUAUUAUAGAUGGCUAGUUUCUGAGAUAUUGGCAGUGAAACUUUAAAAAAACCCGAAUUAUGAGUAUAGGUAAGAGCAAAUAAACUACUUAUUAAACAAAACGGCAUAAAGUAAAGAAGAAAAACGUCUACAGGCUACUAUUUACAAAACUUCUGGAUUCCUCCUGCCUCGGAUGUUGAUUGAAUCGAACUUUCUGACGUUUCACCAUUCAUUAUGAAAUCAGUUAAUAUGCAAAGGAUCCAAUAGGAUGAUUGACAAAACUUAAGUAAUUUCGAUUCAGCAACAACCCACGCAGGAAGAAACCAGAAGUUUUGUAAACAAUAGUAUAGAUGAUAUAUUUUGAUUUAAAAAAAACUUUAAACCACUCGGUAAUAGAUCGAGGUUAUUGAGUCCAAUGGAAUAGAAUUUAUUGCGUUGCUUCAAAUGGUACAAAUACACUGAGAUUAAUUGUACAGGGUAUAUGAAAUAAAUUUCCCUAUCCGCUUACCUCUAGAACACCCCUAUGUUAUGGAGUUUUUCUAUUCCCGUAAAAUUCCACAAAUGUUGAAUUUUAUCUCAAAAAUUACAUUUACACACGUUGAAUGCUGUUUUGUCACAUAAUAUACAUCUGAAGCGGAAUAUUUUUUUUCUUCGAACAUACCUGCCGAGAGCCGUUUACCUUGAUACGGUCAAAAAGUAUAAUUAUUUAAAUUUUCUUUGCUAACUAUUAAAGAGUCAUAGUAAAAAAAGAUUCUAUUAUAGACAAUGUAAGUAGAACGCCAUCGUUUUUGGUUUCUACUUUACAUAAGUUUUGGUUAAAAAAAAUUGAUACGUUAAUAAUAUUCACAAUAAUUUUUGUUUUGUCAGAUAGAUGUUCAGAUAUCAUGUUCAAAAAUCUUUCUCGGGGUUAGAAUAAAUUAACGUUUGAUAUAUGCGAAAAUAAUUGUCAUUAUUAACUAUACAUACAGAAAAUUAUUUAAAAUUAUAUAAAUAAUAGGUAUCUUUUAUGAAAUUGUAGCUGUCUAGGAUAACAAUUUUUUUUUUGAUAAAUUGAAAAAAAAAUGUAAAUAAUUUUUUGCUGUUUAUUUUUUUACCUACCCCUUGCAGAAAAUAGAAUUACCUGAUUUUUAAAGUUAAGGUUAAUCUUGUUUUAUAAGAAUAAAAGAAAAAUUGAAGGCUAUAUCAGCAUGGAUAUCUUGUGUGUAUCUUAAAAAGUAACAACGAAAAAAGAAUACAUUCAACUUCCAUCAUCAGGAAUGGAUAGAAAGUAAUAUUUUUAAUUUUUAUUCCUUCGACUCUUUAAUAGUUACCCAAAAAAAUUAAAAAAACAAAGUACUUUUACACCUUACACAAACCUUGUAUACCAAUUAAAAGGAUAGCAGCAGUACAUGAUUGAAUAUUUGCUAUACUUUUUUAAUACAAAUUCGUCUAUACUAUACCAAUAAAACGCUUUUCGCAAAUUUUGGUAGCAAUAUCCCAACUAGAUACUGGACUAUAUAUAUAUCGAACAUUUUUGAAAAAAUAUUUAAUGCUAUAACAUGUUGAAAUUUUAUUAAAUUUCGGUGAAUUCGGGGGCUAAUUUAGCUGCUGCACAAUUAGAAAAUUAUUGAAAUUUGAAUUGGAAUUUGGCAAAAAUACGAACAAAAAUGAAGGAAAAAUGUUCCCAGUGUAAACUAACUUUGAUCAAAAUAUAUACUAUACCGUUGCGUUGAAAUUUUUCUAUGUCGAUGCCAGUUACUUUCACUUCACAUGAUAAUAUAAAAAAAAUAUAUAUAACCCUCUUUUAUUGCGAAUGCGUUGAUAUAGGGUUGUCCACAAAGAAUUCGGUCUUAAUAGGGGUUUGCGAAUUUUAAACAUUUAAUUUCGACGCUAGCGGAAAUGUGACAUACAAGGUAAUAAAGGACGCAACAUUGCAGUCGCACUUGAUAGGACCCCAAAUAUUAGAAAAUGCACAUGCUCAGUAAGUAUGGUUUUGGAGCAACUAACAUUUGAGUUGAAUUAAAUACAAAGUAUACAAAUACAAAAUGUAUAUUGACUUAUGAGUAUAAUAAUAUAUCUGUUAGCGAUAUCUUUUAUAUGGUGCCGUCAAAAGUCACGUAUGCGGAGUCAGGAUGGACGAGCGGCAUGCAGAACAGUGCUUUGGUUUUUGAAGAGACUGUUAUUCAGGGUUGAACCGUUACGCCACCCCUUAAGUUAACGUAUCUAUAGUAUAGAAUGUCAAUUACUUUGAAAUUUUUUUACUCUUUCUGAAAAAAAAUUAUAGAGAAACAGAAUUUACAGCCAAAAAAUCAAGUUGAAUAAUAGCAAAAAGUUUAUGUUUAAAAUUUGUUUACUAAAUGUAAAAAUAAAAAUAAAUUCGAAUAAAUAUUUUCUAUUCAAUAUCUGAUUCAUCAGAACUAUAAUUGUGAUACUCGAAUUCAACGGAUUCAUUAGAUUCUUCCUCAUUUUUUCCAUUUCGACAUUGUCAUGGAUUUUCACUGGAGUUUGAUCUCCGAUUAAACCUGUUGGUUUUAAAAAACCAUCUAAAUGCCAACCGUAAUUUUCAGGGUUUGCCUUCGCACAUGUAGUUAAAAGUUGGAUUAAGCCACGCAAUAUACAUAUAUUAUUCUUAAAUUUUUUUGUAGCAGACAAAUCCAACAUGGCGGUAUAAAGUUGGAGUCAAAACUUUUUUAUCUUUUUUUAGAAAAAAAAAAACAGGUGAGCGGUCCUUCAAAAAAAUAUUUUUUUUAUAGGAACAAAUUCAACGAAUGUUAAAAUCACGCAAUUUCUAAUUCUAUUACAAAAUCAAAGAAUCGUAUGUUAUAUACUUACUGAAUACUCUCUACUGAAAACUUCAAAUUUUCAUUGUAUUUAUUUGCUUAAUGAGUUAAUUUUUUGUAACACGUA